CCAAUUGAUCAGGUUCAAGGUUGGCACUUCCAUUGCGUCACGUCACUUGAUAGAAGUCGGAUCCUACUUUGCCAAUUGGGUGGUUUCAAGUGGUAAUUCUACCUCUCAUCGAACUCGAGCUUAAGAUGCUUCUUCCACGUCUCGCGCGGUCUUCACUGCAUUCACUGCGGUCAACCGUGAGACCUCGGCCAUGGCAGCAAUCAUAUAGCACAGCUUCCAAAAAGUCUGACCCAUUAAGGAUCCUUUUCUGUGGCUCGGACGAGUUUAGUUGCGCGUCGCUGAAAGCUCUGCACCACGAGCACAAGCACAAUGCCGACCUCAUCCAGUCCAUCGACGUCGUCGUGAGACCAAGUAAGCCGACGGGAAGAGGGUAUAAGGUGAUAAGAGAAGUUCCUCUGCGCGGGCUUGCAGAACAGCUUAGUCUACCCAUUCAUGUGAGAGACACAUUCACCGGUUGGGAUAUGCCCAAACCGGAUGGCGACCCCAUCAACCUCAUCAUCGCCGUCUCCUUCGGCCUCUUUGUCCCUCCUCGCCUGAUCCACGCCUCCAAAUAUGGCGGCCUCAACGUCCACCCUUCCCUCCUCCCAGACCUCCGCGGCCCAGCCCCAAUCCACCACGCCCUGCUCGCCGGGCGCCAGCACACCGGCAUAACAAUCCAAACCCUCUCGCCCGACGCCUUCGACCACGGCGUCCCUCUCCUCCAAACCCCACAGCCCGGCAUCUCCAUCCCACCCAACUGCACCCCAGCCCAGCUGCACGACCUUCUCGCCCCAACCGGCGCCGAGAUGCUCGUCCAAGUCCUACGCGCGGGGCUGCACAUCCCGCCGCACGAGCCAUAUCAUCAUCAACAACAACCACAACCACAACCCAUCCCACCCCCAACAUCAUCAUCGUCAUCAUCAACAACAACAACAACAACAACAACAACAACAACAACAACAACAACAACAUCAACAACAACGACAGCACACCCAACCCGCCCCCAACCUCAAACAAAGCUACAACACGCCCCCAAGAUAACUCCACAGGACAAACAGAUCCUCUGGACGGCGCACGGCGCGAGCGAGGUAGUCCGGCGGGAACAGGUGCUCGGGUCGCUGUGGACACACCUCGGGCGUGCCGGCGGCGGCAGCGGCAGUGAGAAGCGGGCGAUCCUGGAGGGCUUUUCCGUUGUGAAGGGGCCGCCGGCGCCGUGGGUGCGGCGGGGUGGCGGCGUUUCUGCUGGGAAAGGUGGUGCUGGUGCUGGUGCUGGUUCUGGUGCUGGUUCUAAAUCUAGUGGUGGUGGUGGUGGGGUUAAGUCGGGGGAUGUGAACUGGGAGGGUGACGGGGUGGUUGUGUGGGUGCAGAAGACGCCGCUUCCUCAGACGAAGGAGGCGAGGAAGGCUGGUGAGCCGCUGAAGUGGGAGACGGAGAGUAUCACGUCGAAAUACUGGCUGGAUUCGGAGGGGGUUGUCGUACGGUUGGGAGGGUCGUGGUUAAGGAUUGGGAUGAUCAAGGUGGAGGGGUCGACUUCUAAGCCUGCGAAGGUGGUCCUCGAAGGGUGGGGUUCGAGGUUAGUGUAAUAGUGUAGUAAGUACUAAGUAAACAACGUUGUCAGGUCUCUCGACGGAGAAAUUCAAGGCUCGUGACAAGUCACAUCCCAGCAAAACGCCCGUAAGCAUUGCUCGCUAAACCGGACUGGGUCCAUCAAAAUAAUUGAGGCUAUAUAGUACAAUGCGGUAUGCCGACCGCG